AUGAAGAAAAACAGGCCCGUCGUCUGGAUUGUCUCGGUUGUGGCCGUCGUCUGUGUGCUUGCUGGGGCCGGUAUCGGCCUCUGGUAUGGCGUCUGGGGCGGCCCAAAGGGUGCCAGCAGCAGUAGCCCGUCCUCGCCAAGCCCGACCAGCACUGUCGUCGAGUUUGCCGACCAGCCCACCGGCUACGAGCUCUACAACCCGAAGCGGGCCAAGCUGCGGUUCAACAAAAACGGAAGCUUCAAGAUAGCAACCUACGGCGACCUCCACUACGGCGAGACGCCGUCGACAGCCUGGGGCCCGCUGCAAGACGCCUCUUCGACCGGCGUCCUCGAGGCGGUUCUGCUCGCAGAGAACCCCGAUUUUUCGAUCUACAUGGGCGACCAAAUCACCGGCGAGUUCAUGUUCUCGAACGCAUCGCUCUACUACCAGAUCUUGACAAAGCCUCUUCGAGACAGCAACUUCCGCUGGGCUGCAGUCUAUGGAAACCAUGAUACCGGGCCGAACUUUGCGUCCAUCGACCUCCUCAACACCGAGCAGAUGUACUCGCUUUCCCACACUCAACGCGGCUUCUCCAACAUCACGGGCAUCACAAACUACUGGCUACCCGUCUAUGGCUCCACUCCCAACGCCACCAUGUUCAAUGGAGUCGAGGUUCCGACGAUGAUUCUUUGGUUCUUUGACUCCAACGGCAAUGCCAGCAUGGCGCCUACGGAUCCACUCAAUUACAACAAGGUGCGCGCUGACCAAACUCAGUGGUUCAUCAAUGAGCAUGCGAAUGUUGUUGCGAGAUACGGCCGCAACAUCACUGGUCUGGCCUUCUUCCACAUUCCGCCACCCGAGUACCAGGAUCUCGAUUCCGCCUUCCCCAGCGGAUGUGCCGGUAUGCAUAACGAGAUUCCCAUGGCCGUUCAAGCCCUGCCAGAAGAAGGCUUCUUCGCAGCGCUGGUGUCAUCCGGAACCAUCCGAGCAACCUAUGCUGCCCAUGCGCACGGAAGCGGAUGGUGCUGUCCCUACAGCGUCGCGAACAUGGAGCUGUGCCAGGUCCGGCACACGGGCUUUGGUGGAUACGAUGAGGUGACCUGGGCCAAGGGUUCUCGCAUUAUCCAGAUCUCGGAGAGCACCCCCACCCAACGGACCACCUGGGUCCGAACUCUGACCGGCACCGAGCAGUGA